GCCAAAUAUUCAAGAAAUAAGGAAGGAUAUGAGUAUAAUGUAUAGAUCCAAAUCACUUGAAGAAGCAGAGGAGAAACGAAAACAGCUGAUUGAACUUAAUAAAUUACUUACAAAAGAUCUUGAUUUCGAACAUCCAAAUUCAAAAUAUCACAGCAGACUUUUAAAUCCUAUGUUGGAUUCCCUUGGAUUAUUGGUAAACUCAACCCAUUCGUUUAGGAGUGACCCAAUAUCAGAUAAAAUCAAACAAGAAUGUGAAGAAUAUAUUGUAUUGCCGUGGAUAGAAAAAAAUGAUCGUAAUACGGAAAGUACUCAGCUGUUUCAAAUGCCUACAGUUAUGUCACCGGGAGCUUGCAAUCUCGAAACUAAUAUGGACGAUUGUGAUUGGAACAAACAACAAUGUGACCAAUAUGUUCCAUUUGAUAGUGAGAACAUGUCAUUAGGAGCCGGAACUUACAAUCACGUUGUGGAUGAUACACAUCCAUGGAACUACAACCACACUGUAGAUAAUGCGCAGUCAUGGAACUACAACCACACCGUAGAUAAUGCGCAGCCAUGGAAUUACAACCAAUCCGUCGAUAAUGCGCAGCCAUGGAACGAAUAUAUACAUAUACAUGAUUUUCGAGAACAGAUAAAAACUUCACAGAGAGUAUACGACUACGAAACCAAAAGUCAUAUUUUAAAUAUACAGCAGUUGGAUCAACAUACACAAUCAAAUUGUGAAGAAUAUACAACGAUAGUACGCAAUGCUUACAACCAUGUCGUGGAAGGCACAUAG